AUGACAUCGUCCACGCUCGAAUCUUUUCCGAAUGAAGUCCUCUACCGCAUCAUAAUAUUUGUCGAAUACUCGCCGCAGAAUCUCCAAGCCCUAACAUUGACUUGUCGUCGUAUCCGCAGUUUUAUGGUAGCACGGGCAGGCCACGGCAAUCUCCUCGAAGACAUAGCUAUGAUGCAGUACCCUCAUGCCUUCCAGGUUCUCCAUUACCCGAACGUCCCAUUCUCCAGCCACGCCAAUAUCACUUUCUUCUCUCAGCUGAAUCGGCUUAAACGAUCGACAAUGCUGGUCGACGGGGAGGUUGAAUUGAUGCGAGAGAUUCGACAGGACUUGAUCGAGCAAAAACCCCAACUUGUGAAGUAUCUGGCCACCAAAGGCUGGGACCACAAUCUCCGAAGCGCUCUGCAUCUGGCAAUGUUUCCAUCCUGGUUCGGUGGCCCGCCGUCUACCAGAAUGCCUCUCUACUCGGGGUUUGCAACAUUCAUGCAGUCAAUUCCUGCACAUUACGUUUUGGCUUACCGUCACGCGUCGUUCAUGAUUGCCGAAGCAUGCACCUUGGUAGAUGCCAAGGGUAUUCAGCAGGAGUAUUGCAGAGAGUAUGGCUACCAUCGCCACCGUAGCAUCAUCUCAGAAGUAAACAUGCGGAAGGAAGUAGAGCAGUACCCCUCCAGCGCGAUUGCGAGUUGCCAUGAGCACUGGACUCAACAGAAGGGGCGUCAUCCGACGCCGGAGAAGCCUCCAAGCGGGAAUUGCUAUGGUUAUCAAGAUGGGGGAUUCGACCGCUUACAAGUCGCUAAAACGAGUAGCAAGCUCCUCGACGAGAAAAUUCAAUUCAUCCUCAGCAACUGGGAUCGAUAUACUGUUGAAGAUCCGGCCAUGAUGGAUGACUUGCAACAACCCGGAUGCUCUUCCUCAGAUACCAGCGCAGUCCGAGACCUCGUGGAGAGUUUUGCGGGUCUCGAUUCAACUAUUGCCCCUCAACCAGACGACUCCCUUAUCGACCCACAAUGUUGGGCAGACGACCCUCCUAGCAUACAUUUCUAG